ACUACAUAUGGCCUUCGCAGUCUUCCAAACUCAUGACCUUGGAGGACAGAUGCGGUUGCAAUGUCCUUGCGAGUCAUAUUUACAAUGCGUUAGGAUCCAUGUUUGAAGAUCAUCGUCUGAUCCAUGUUAGUCCCAGAAUAGUGAAUAAACUAGUAGAUUUCAUACGUUAUGGACCGGAGAAUAUGCAAGUUGUUUGUGAUUUUGAUCACACAUUGUCCAAAUACAUUCACAAUUCUGAGAAGGUUCCUGUUUGUCAUGAAUUGUUCAUGAAAAAUCCUAGAAUUCCUGAGAUAUCUAGAUUACGGCUCAAAGAGCUUCUGGACCUUUAUUUACCGCUUGAAACGUCUUGCGGCAUAUAUGAGUGCGAGAAGUUGUCACUCAUGAUGGAAUUUUGGAAAUUGGCCCAUAAAGCAUUGGUUGACGGGAAUGUAUCUCGAAGUGAUAUUGAUGGUUGUGUUUUGGAAGGUGGAAUAGUUCUAAGGAAUAAUGCAACUGAUUUUGUAAAUAAGUUGGCUGAACUCAGCAUACCACUAAUUGUAUUCUCUGGAGGCAUAGGAAAUGUUAUAGAAACAGUUCUGACAUCGUCAGGUGUAUCCUUGGAAAAUGUUCGUGUUGUUUCAAAUUUUAUGGACUUCAAUCCUGAAGGUCGUUUGGUUGGAUUUCAAGAUCCUGUUAUCCAUUCUCUUAAUAAAAUGUAUAAUGUAAUACAAAAUUCUGAAUAUUUUGAAACCAUUCUGUCGAAAAGAAUUUGUAUUCUACUUAUUGGUGACUCAACUAAUGAUGCUAAGAUGAUUGAUGAUGGGGAAAAGUUUUCUUAUGAACAAGUUAUAGUUAUUCGUAUAGGAUUUUUAAAUGAAAAAAAUGACGAGAAAGUGGAAUUAUUCAGUUCAUUAUACGAUCUGGUUCUUUUGAAUGACGAGACAUUUGAUAUUCCUUUGUUCAUCUUAUCAUCUAUCGUUGAUUCUACUGAACUAUGUAAACAUGAGAGCAACAAUGAGACCCCAAAUAUCUGACAAUAAUACUUUUAAAGAGAUGAGUGUUUCUGAUAAAAAUUGUAUUCUAAUUAUAAUAAAGUAUUUAAAUUCUUGUUUGGUUUUUGAGAAAAAUGUAUUAUUUGGUGAAGUAGCAGUACCAAAGCAUUCAAAUUCAUAAAAUUGAUGCUCGGCUAGUUGUUCAAGGGAAAUAUAAAGUGUUCUGCUAAUAAUUUUCCACUAAAUAAGAAAAAGACUCGUAAUUUAUUAGUUUGAUUUUUGAAUUAACGGAUGACUAAUUGAAUUUUCAGUAGUGAACACAACACAGAUUUGAGUAUAUUCUAUUUCAAGAGCCUGAAGUAAAACAAAUCGUGUACUUUCAUCAAAUAAUCUGACUAUUCACUAUGAAAUAUUUUCUUUAACUUGGAGAUAUUCGAACAAAGUUCAUCAAUAUUCAUUGUUGACCAUAGAGAAAAAUUUGACAAAUUCUACUGAAAAUCGUAAUUUCUAUACUUUAUUUUAGAAUAUUUCAACUAUGAUUUUCUAUUUCUACCCAUUUCAUACGAGAAUUCUGAUUGAUUUCUUCAAACAACACAAUGUAUAUGAAUCACUUAAUUUAUUUAACUUAUCCCUUGUACGAGACUUGGUAUGGUGUUAUUUAUAGCCACAUAAAGGCUUCUAAAUAUUUAAUUAAUAAGGUUUCGGUGUACGAUUUUUCUAGUGAACUUUCAAUGAAAUAUUUCGUCCACAUCAUAAUCUGUUUGAAAACUUGAUGAAAUUUAAAGUCAUUUUAAAGAAGCAAUGUGUGAAGACCACAUAUACACAGAUUUUUAUAAAUUCUGGUCUACUAUUUGUUUAAUAAAACUAUUUUGUUUUGUUUUCUGAUUUAUUGGAAAAUGCCAAGUUUUAAAUCAUUUAUUACCGUUGCAUCUCUUCAUUGUAAUCUGUUCAUAGACAUCUUGUAAUUGAUGAUGGCUCUUGUUAUGUUUUCAAUACCAUUCCAUAGUAUAUGCCUUUACUGAUAGUGCAGUUCAUCUCAUUGGUCGUAGAUAUUGGUAUUGUGAAAUCGUGAGCAAUCAUUUCUGACGUAUUAGUUGAAGGAUCACUUCCAAAUUAUCUUUCAUUUAUUUUCUAUUAUUUGAUGUAAUCAUUUACCGUAUGAUAUUUGUUCGUUGGUAAACGGGAAUUAUGUUCUACAUUACUGAUGUCCCGAGAAAUCGCUUAAUUCAACCGGUAGUAUGGUAUUUUAUUAUUGAAGACUAAGCGAAAUAUAUUAGUCAAGUGAUACAAUG